AUGCUCGACAGUUUCAGCGAGGAUAUCAGCAUGAUUCCUAACAGGAGCCGCAAUGUUUCUAUCAAGGCUCUGCGGCAGUUGGCGAUUCCAGGCGAAGGUCCUAGACCACCUGUUGCAAUGGCUGUCAAGCAAUUCUUGUUGCUAGCCUCUGGUUCUUUGCUUGUGCCAACAUUUGCUCAGAGGUGCAAGCUGUACUUUGCCCCAUACAUAGAGUUGACUGUUGAGAAGAAAAAAGAACAUGCUGCAAGGGCCAAAGACAAGCCAUGCGUGUGGGUUCUCGGAGAUUGCUACUUCUUGACACUGCAUCUGCUGGACUCCCUUAGCCUACGCGGGUUUCACACAAAGACCAUCCCUAGCUUCCGGGAAGAAAUCGCUGCUCGCAACCAGCUCCAGCCAGCGGCUAAUGAGGGUACUAGUGCAACAGCGACCAGCAGUUCAGCUCCUCCUCCAGCUCAUGCACCGAUGCCCACAGCAGAAUGGUGGGAGAUAGAAGAUUUGACUACCCUUCAGCUAGAGCAGCUUAAGGGAUUGAAGGAAAUGACUGAGAGCAUGAUUAAAAAGUGGGUGGCUCGAAGGGACAAGGUCCAAACGAUUGACGAGAAUUUGGGACAGCAAGAGUGA